CUUCGAUCACUUGCCUACGUUGCUUAACUGGAUAUACUUGUGAUCAGCGCCCCCCGCUGGGUGUAGGUCGCAUAGCCUACAGGUGUUACUCACCUACGCUUGCGCUUUUACGUGCUGAUCUGAAGGAUCCUUAGGAGUAACUUACGACCAUGGCUCUCGUUUCGGUCGUCGGUUUUGAUGUUGGCAACGACACCUCUUGCGUGGCUCUUGCCCGCAAGAGAGGCAUUGAUGUGCUAAUGAACAAGGAGAGCAAGCGCGAGACGCCCGCGGCGAUCAACUUUGGUGAGAAGAUGCGCUUCCUGGGCACUGACGGCGCCGCCAAGUUGGGCCUCCAGCCGCAGAACACGGUGCACCAGCUGAAGCGCAUCCUGGGCAAGAAGUUCCAGGACCCGCAGGUCCAAGCCGACAUCGCCAAGCUGCCCUUCACGGUGCUGGAGGGCCCCGACGGCGGCUGCCUCAUCCGCGUGCGCUACUGCAAUGAGGAGGCAACCUUCACGCCGGAGCAGGUGAUGGCCAUGGUGCUUGUGGACCUGAAGCGCAUCGCGGAGGCGGAGGGCGGCAUCCCCGUCACCGACUGCGCCAUCUCCGUGCCCACCUACUUCACGGAGGCGGAGCGGUACGCCAUGCUCAACGCGGCGCAGAUCGCUGGCGUCAACUGCCUGCGGCUGAUCAACGAGACCACCGCCACCGCCCUGGCGUACGGCAUCUACAAGACCGACCUGCCGGAGAACGACCCGGUGCACGUGGUGUUCGUGGACGUGGGACACUCGCACACGCAGGUGUCGGUGGUGUCUCUGAAGCGCAACCAGCUGGUGGUGCGGUCGCACGCGUGGGACCGCAACCUGGGCGGCAGGGAUUUCGACGAGGUGCUGUUCGACCACUUCGCAGCGGAGUUCAAGGCCAAGAAGAAGCUGGACAUCCGGGACAACAAGAAGGGCUCCUUCAAGCUGCGUACGGCAGUGGAGAAGGUCAAGAAGAUGCUGAGUGCCAACAGCGAGGCGCCGCUCAACGUGGAGUGCAUCAUGGAGGACGAGGACCUGCGCGGCAUGAUGACUCGGGAGCACUUCGAGCAGCUCGCCGAGCCCAUCCUGGCUCGCCUGCGCGCGCCCAUGGAGGCCGCCCUGCGCGAGAGCGGCGUGGCUCUGUCCGACAUCAGCAGCGUGGAGGUGGUGGGCAGCAGCACGCGCAUGCCCGCCGUGUGCCGCGUGGUGGAGGAGGUGUUUGGCAAGGCGCCCAGCCGCACCAUGAACAGCAAGGAGUGCGUCAGCAGGGGCGCGGCGCUGCAGUGCGCCAUGCUGUCGCCGGUGUUCAAGGUUCGCGAGUUCGAGGUGAUUGACGCGACCCCGCUGUCCGUGUGCUUCUCCUGGGAGGGCAAGGACGGCGGCGUGGUCACGCAAACGCUGUUCAAGCGCGGCGAGGCCUUCCCAAGCACCAAGAUGGUCUCCUUCAACCGCGCGCAGCCCUUCGCCUUGCGCGCGCACUACGACCUGGACACCCCCGCCGAGCAGCUGGCGCCCGCAUUCGACAAGCAGCUGGGAGUCUUCUCGGUGGGACCCUUCCAGGUUCCCCCCGGCUCCGAGACCGCCAAGCUCAAGGUGAAGAUCAGCCUCAACCUGCACGGCCUGGUGGUGGUGGAGCAGGUGCAGGCAGUGGAGGAGAUCGAGGAGCCGGAGGCCCCCGCUCCCUCCCCCGCUCCCGCCGCCGCGGACGCCAAAAUGGACGACGCCGCUGCUGCCAACGGCGAAGCCGCCGCCGCCGGCGCCGACGGCCCUGCUCCCAUGGACACCGCUGCCGCCCCCGCCCCCGCUGCCGCGCCCAAGAAGAAGAAGGUGAAGAAGAGCGACGUGCCCUUCCAGUCCAGCGGCGUGUGCGGCUACAGCAAGAGCCAGGUGGACGCCUACUUUGAGCAGGAGCACCAGAUGCAGGCCGCGGACCGGCUGCAGGAGGAGACCAACGAGCGGAAGAAUGCGCUGGAGAGCUACGUGUACGAUCUGCGCAACAAGUUGUACGACGCCUACGCUCCGUACAUCAAGCCGGCCGACAAGGAGGCCCUGCAGGCGGAGCUGACCGCCAUGGAGGACUGGCUGUACGACGAGGGCGAGGACACCACAAAGAGCGUCUACAUCGCCAAGCUGGAGGAGCUCAAGGCCAAGGGAGGACCCGUGGAGCGCAGGUUCGCGGAGGACCAGAGCCGCGGUGCCGCGCUGGACGCGCUGCGGUCCACCCUGGAGCACUACCAGCAGCUGGCGCGCUCCGACCGGCCGCAGCUCGCCCACAUCAGCCCCGAGGAGCGAGCCAGCGUGAUCAAGGAGUGCGAUGCGGCGGCAGGGUGGCUGCAGGAGCGCCUGGCCCUGCAGUCGCAGCUGAGCAAGGCGGACGAGCCCGCGCUGCUGACUGCCGACAUCAACAAGAAGCGGGAAACGGUCGAGCGCGUCUGCAAACCCAUCAUGUCGCGGCCAGCGCCGCCACCCCCGGCACCCGCGCCGGCGGCUGCUCCCGCCGCCGACGCUGCCGCCGCCCCGGCUGCCGACGCCGCCGCCUCUCCUGAGCCCAUGGAAUCCGAGGCAUCGCCCGGGCCCGAGGCCGCCCCCGCUGCUGACGCCGCCGCCGCCGAGGGGCAACCCAUGGAGACCGGGAACUGAAGUACCGAACUGAAGUGAAGGCCGGAAGUGAUGCGUCUGAUGUGUGUGCGUUGUGCCGUGUGUGAUGUGCAGGAGGUUAAGUUGGGAGUAAUGUGGGACGACAGCUGGUUUGGGAAGUCGGUGUGUUUCUUUGUGGAAGCCCGCCGUAAGACAUGAACUCCUUCGCAUUUCCGGUGGCGGCAUCCGGUGGCGUGGUGCUCGGGCAUUUUCUGGCCUGUCAAGUCCACCAAAUUGCUUUUUGCGCUUUUUAUGACAGCCGAGGGUAAAGUUGUUUACUGACCUUGGGACGAAGAUCCACCGUGGGCUGCAGAGGGGUGGCAAGGACAUUCAGGGUGGUAGAAGGCGCUUGGUUGCGUGUUUAGCUUUUAGAAGGAAUCUGGAGCAAAGCGAAAAGGACCAGCUUAGGUGAGAGGUGGGCUUUCGAUUGCUGUGAGUGCCUCUGGGUGCUGAGGGUUUGAGCGGACGGUUCGUCUUUUUUGGGGCACUGCAAUGCAGGUGAGGCAAAGGGAAUGUAGGCUCGGUGGGUAUGGCGUGCCCCAGUGCUUUCUUCUGGAGAGAGGAAGGAACUAUUCGCACAGGAAGGUGAACUUCAACUUGGGCGAGAGGAUAAAGUAGUUCGGGACUUGCGCCGUUGGAAAGACUGUUGCCCGAGGUUCCGUUGCCGAUUGGAUGGGGUCCCUGCCGCAUUGGUAAGGGCUGCAUUUCGGGGGUUUGCUGGCCUCACGGCGCAGCCGCCGGGCAAGAAGGGGCGACAUAUAAUCUAACGCUGGGGUGUGAAAGCGUCCCUGCGCGCGGGACUAACCGUACAUGAUGCAUCCUAUCUGCCAAGCGUAGGAUGCCUGCUGGAGGG